GGUGUCCAGUAUUGUUUCAGAUUUUUGAAGCUCUAGUUACCUUAAAACUCCUCCUUCAGCACUCAUUCAGCCUUUCCAAAAGUUUCCAAAAUGGGUCUUAAAUUCCUCUGCAUACACACAAAUAUUUUAAUUCAUCAAGGGUUUGCAGUAUGGCCAUAAUACUCAGUUUUUUGGUACUACAAGACACCUUUUUCCUUUUUUAUUGUAAAAUCAAUACAUUGCUCUCAGAACUAUUUUUGAUUUUUGUGUAAGAUCUGUAGCUCUGUGCAAUCUAACAUUAAGUUCCUGAAGCUGAUUCAUUUGUUUUGGGAUGUGGCUAUUUUUGUGCUAAAUCUCAGUUUUAGGUUCUUUUUCAGAGGAAAAAUAUUUCAGUUCAUUGAAAUUGUGAACAUUUUGAUUGUUUGGCGAUGGUGUCUGCUGUUUCAGGUAAAAUAGCAAUACCAGAAUGUGAAAAAAAGUCUGCAAUGUAAAUGUAUGUAUGUGGAUGGGAUUUAAAGAUCUGUUUUGUUUUUUUCGGGCAAAGAUUCACCAGAGCAUUAGAUUGUUUUUGCUAUUCAGCAAUGGUUUGAAGCUUUGAAAGUGAUAUAACAAAUUCUUCUAUGUUCCCUGUCAAUCAAACCGCACAUAAUACUGAUAUAGAUCACAACAGAAGAGUGUUACAAAGGAAAUAAUAACAUGACAAAGUUUCUAAAUAUCUAAUAAAAAUCAGUGGUUUCACAGCUGAAUGUAAUUUUCUAUCUUAACAUAAUUAGACCUUCAGUCCAAAAAAAACAUCCAGUGCACAACAUCUCUGAAAGGGUUCCUGGUCCUGAUCUGCACUGAGCUGGGGGUCUGUUUCUCCCGGGCCCCAGUGCGACAUGGCUUCCAUUAAAGCUCUCUAAAGUUGUGAAUGGUCACCAGUCCUCUGGCAGUUGCAUGUGCGCCUGGAUCAUGCUUUAUGUUGGUGGGCCUGAACUUCGUCACUCAGCUGUUUUGGGUGGGGGAGAUAAAGGGGCACUGAUAUAAUGGCCCCGUUCUCUCUACACGCACAUCCAUUGUGCUAAUCCGCUUGGAAACGCUCCACCAUGGAGUGGCUUUUCAUUACCGUGGCAACCUGCUUGCUAGUCCUCUGUCCUGUCAAAGGUGAUAAGUGGAGACUGGAAUAUGAAGAAGGACUCAGUCACUACAGCGAGGAAGCACUUCGAACGGAGUUUCCUGAGAAGACCAGGCCAGUCAGUUUCAAACACCCACCUUUCAUGUGUCCUGACAUGAGCCCCUCUUUUUCUGUGCCCACCUCAGUCGAGCUGGUGAAAGCAGCGGAUAUUAAAGUGAUCGCUGCCCUUGGGGAUUCAUUGACAACAGCCAUUGGUGCAAAUGCAACCACAGUUCUUGGCAUACCUAUUGAAUUUCGUCACGUGUCUUGGAGCAUUGGUGGCUAUGGGUCCUUUCAAGAUGUCAUUACACUGGCAAACAUCAUUCGACUCUUCAACCCCCAUUUAGUGGGACCUGCCCCAACCAAGACGGUCCAUGGGACCCCAGCGCCCCUCUGUGAGACUGGAUUUAACCUGGCUGUAACCGGACACAACACCUUUAAUCUUCCUGAACAAGUCAGGCAUUUGAUUGAUACAUUGAAAACAUAUGAGGAAAUUGACUUUGAUGAGGACUGGAAACUGUUGACCAUUCUAAUUGGGAUGAAUGACAUCUGUGAUUACUGCAAAGACAAGGCAUUGCUUACAAAGCUGUUUCUUUGGCAAACUACAGACAGAAGAUUCUUCUACAGUAUUGACAAAUUUUGUUCACGAUGUCAAAGCGGAAACUAGAGGAAGCUUUAAAUAAAUGUUAAAUUGACUGUGAACACAUAGAUGAUUGUAAAGAUGAUCAUUAACAGCAUGGUCCAUGAAAUUUGUUUACUUUAAAAAAAACAAAAA